AUGUAUCUCAAAUCGGUAGAACAGCCACACCAUCUCGGGUACGCCAUCCUUGCUAUUCUAGCCAUAUAUCUCGUCGCAUACAUUGUCUACCAGAGAUGCCUGCACCCUUUAGCACAAUAUCCAGGACCCUUCUGGGCCUCGGUUACUGAUGUCUGGCAAGUCUUCGAAUUUUUGUCCUUGAAGCAACCAUAUCGGCUCACAGACCUACAUGAGCAUUAUGGACCAGUCGUCCGUUAUGGGCCUGAUAAGAUCAGUAUCACGCAUGAAAGUGCCGUGCAGGCAAUAUAUCAAAAGUCCUCGAAAGCCUUACCAAAGACAGAGUUCUAUGAUGCUUUUGGUGGUGCACAUCCAAAUGUGUUUGGAACUCGAGAUGAGUCGCAUCACUCUUUAAGACGACGACACAUGUCUCAUGCAUUCUCAAUGGCAAAUAUCAAGCAAAUGGAGCAAUAUAUUGAUGAGAACUUGUCCAUCUUAAUGCAAAAGAUAUCAGAGGAGGCGACUGCUGAACGGACUUUUGACCUGAAAAAGUUCCUGCAUUACUAUGUCAUCGAUGUGCUUGGAGAUCUAGCCUUCAGUAAAUCAUUUGACCUUCAGAUCACGAAUGAUACAUCCCGAGUGCCGCCGGUUAAAGAACAUACAUUACUUGCAUCAGCGACGGGAGCGUGGCCAGCGUUGCUGCAAAGUCUCAAAUGGUUGCUUCCUAGACUCCCGAUUCCUGCAGUGCAAGGGUUGGUGAAUGGCCGGAGAGAUUGUGCUGAACUCGCAUCAAGGAGUGUCCAACGUCGGCUGCAGGAACUGCAGACGAGCCAAGAUCAGAAAGAAGUCUCGUUGCCACAACGAAAAGAUCUUCUGACCAGUUUGAUACUCGCAAAGCACCCCGAUACUGGCAAGCACCUUUCACAAACGGAUCUAGAGACGGAAGCAUUUGGGUUUAUCAUUGCUGGCACUCAUACUACAAGCGCAUCAACUACACUACUAUUCUACAAUCUGCUCCAUAACCCAGAAUCCAUGAAGCAGUGUAUAUCUGAGCUUGACGCAAACCUUCCUCCUCUAGGUGUAGAUGAGGCAGCAUACCCGGUAACUGACAUCGAGUCCUCCUUGCCAUACCUGAGAAAUUGUGUCAAGGAGAAUUUUCGUAUAACGCCUGUUUUUACCAUGCCACUUGCUCGCCGCAUCACAGCCCCAGAAGGGCUAACCAUCGAAGGUCAUCACUUCGAAAAAGGUACCUCGAUAGCAGUAUGCAACCACGCGUUUCACCACGCCCCAGCCGUGUGGGGAACAGAUCACAACACUUUCGACCCAAGUCGAUGGGAGCGACCAGAGACAGCGGAUCGGUCACGACUACUAAUGCAUUUCGGGCUUGGUGGACGCCAAUGCAUUGGAAAGACCAUGGCUACGACCAACAUCUACAAGGUGAUGAGCUCUUUACUCUCCCAAUUCGAAUUCAAGCUGGCAGAGGAGGCGGAAGCCCUGCGCGCUCAGCAGGGUGGUUUCAAGGGCGUGUUGCCGCCUCUUAUCAGCGUGGGUGUCAGUGAUCUGGAGACUCCGCUCAUGGUGACGGCGAAGCUGGGGUUGAAAAAAUGA